AUGUCGGACACUAGUCGAGGUUGUUCAGAAAACGAAUAUUCAUUCAAUAAUUCGAAUCAAUUUUCAGACGAGUUCGACGGCCCAUUAUUGCAUUCAAUAUUGGAUAAACUUUUGAAAGAUAAGCCUUUGGUGAGCACCGAAUAUGAUUCUUUCGAAAAAUUCGUUCGCGAGAAAUUGAGAAACGAUUUGGCGAGAAGACAGGAACUCAGCAGAAUUUUGGAAGAGAAUGAGGAUGAACGUUCAGUAGGAUCAUUUCGCACAGACGAUGAGGACGAAAUUGGAGCGAAUAUCUCGGCAACUGUUGAACAACUCGAAGAAUUGGAAAUUUCUUCAAUGCCGAAGAAAGAGCCAAAUGAAGCCAUUAGAGAAAACAACGAAAAUCAUGUUCAUCCUAAUGCGCAAGAACAAGAAGAACGCGAAGAAAGUUUUGAUUUUGAUGCCAAUUCGAGUUCUCAGUCGGAAAGUACAUCGGAUAUUUCUCGUGUCGAAUUUGGUUCAUUUGUAACGAAUGAGAACCAAUGUGAGUUUUGAGUUAUAUAUUUGAAAUAUGUUUGAAAUAAUUUUGUGUCAGUCUUGAAAUUUCAUCGAACUCCAUUGCCAUGUGCCGAUGAUUUAAGACCAGAACGAAUUGGUUAUCCAAUUAGUGUGACAUUCGAUGAGAUUCGCGAAGAAUGGUAUGUUUGUGAUAAAAACGAGUCGAAAGUCAUACGAAUUCGAACAUUCGGCGGACAAUACAAUCUUGAUGUUAUCGAUAUUCAAAAAGAAUUCAUGAAAUGUCCAUCCGCAGUCUGUAUUCACAAGGUUAGUCUUAAUUUACUUAACUUUUUUUUCAAUGGCAAAAAAUCUUCAGAAAGGAAAGAGCAUUGCCGUUUUAUGCGGAGAAUACAAACCUUCGAUUGUCAUAAUCGAGACAAACAUAGUUCAAAUCCAUGUUCUGAUCGAUAACAAUAUGGGUGAUUUCAAAAUGAAUUUCCCACUCCGUGGUCUAUGCAAAACUUUUGGAGAAAACUUUGCCUCGCUUGAAUCAACGAAAACAUCGAAAAAUCUGCGGGUAUUCAAGGAUAGAAUCGGUGCAUAUUCGUACCAAGUGAAAGAAGCCGUCCAACCGUGUUUCAUCGCGUCAUUCGAAGACAAAGUGGCAAUUUCGGAUUUGGGAAGAAAUUCAGUGUAUUUGAUUCGUUUGGACGAUUCAAAUUGGGGUGACAUUCGAUGCCAAACAUUGCGAAUUAUAAAUUCGGUUGGUUUAUUUUUCUUUUUUGAAAAUUCUUAAAAUAUUAUUUUAUAGCCAGAAAAUGCUUCCAUUAGAGACUUGAGCGAUAAUGCUGGUUUUGGUUUUGUCGCUGGUUUACAAUUCGACAAAAACGGAUAUAUUUUGAUCGGCGAUGCAAAAGGUCAAUGUAUCAAGGUAAUUUAUAUUUACUCUGAGAUUCUAGGGAGAAUGUAGGAAUUUCAAUAAAUUCACCUUUUUCAGCUCUUCGGCCAAGAACUCCAGUUCCUUCACCGCGUUUCCAAUGACUUCAAGAUGCCAUACAUGUCCUCCUUUUUCGUCAAUUCAUCAGGAAAGACGAUGAUUCUCAACAUCAAAUCAGGAACUGACAAAUUGGUAUUCGCUCAAUUGGGAAAUUGUAAAGAGGUUGAACCGUGGAAUCCGGUUAGUGCAUUCAUUCACACCGGCGGCAACAAUUAUCAACAAAAUCGAAACCGUCAAGCACCACCACACCGCCAAAAUUUUCGAGCAUAA